AUGGAUAACAGGGAGAAUCUCUGGACCCGGCGUUCCAACACCAGCAAGCUCUCCCUGUCCAUGUCGCACUCAGAAUCCCAUGGUGACAAGGCCGACGCCCCCCAGCGCACAUUCUCCGCAUCGAAGCGAUACGCGGGCGACUCGUCGCACGGUGGUAGAAACCCGUUCAACGCCAUUCCGCCCACGACACCUGGUGGGCUAGCUUCCCCAACCACGGCCGGCGGCUCGUCCGCCUUUGGCCUGGGCUCAGGUGCGUUUGCAUCUUUCGGGUCUGCGACUAAGACUCCCAAGACUCCAGGCACCACCUUCGACUUCAAGUCAGCAGCCAUGUCUGCCGUCCCUGCGCCUGCAACCCCAUCAGAGAAGAAGGACAAGCCGGUGCACAAGGCUGUUAGCAGCACACGCAAGGACUCAAUAUCUACUCCAACCAUACCAGAGGACACCACCACAGCAUCCGCGCCAUUAGAUCCCGACGCGGCGUGGCCGCUCAAAUCCACCUGGGUCGUGUGGUACCGCCCGCCGACGCCCAAAAACACAGACUAUGAAAAGUCAAUUGUGGCUAUUAUCAGAUUCGGCACUGCCCAAGAGUUCUGGAAAGUCUUCGUCCACCUCAAGAAGCCUUCGACUCUGCCUUCUGUAUCGGAUUAUCACGUCUUCAAAGAGGGCAUUCGGCCUGUAUGGGAGGACGAGGAGAACAAGCGGGGUGGCAAGUGGAUCAUGCGCCUGAAAAAGGGCGUUGCGGACCGCUACUGGGAAGAGCUGCUCAUGGCGCUCGUUGGUGAUCAAUUCAUGGAGGCCAGAGAGGAGGUGUGCGGCUUUGUGUUGAGCGUGCGGAGUGGCGAGGAUGUCCUCAGCAUAUGGACCAAGAACGACGGCGGCCGCAACAUCAAGAUACGGGAGACUGUCAAGCGUGUUCUUGAGCUGCCGGAGGGCACCAACAUCGUCUGGCGGAGCCACGACGACAGUAUCGCGCAAAGAUCGGCCAUUGAUCAAGCUCGUUACGAGAAGAACCUACAGGGCCAUGAGAAGCGGAGAGUGACCUCGACGGACGAGUCGCAGCGAGACAAGUCUACAGCCGGGUCAUAG